AUAUCUAUAUAUUCCACAAGCCAAUAUAAUUAAUUAACACAAGCUCAUCUUCUUAUUCUUUUUCCUUCUCCUCCUUCUCCGCAGCAAUGUCUAGUACCGAUCUAGAAUUCCGCCCAGACUUCUCGUCGUCGUCUUCGAAGAUCAACCUUUCUCCUAUGCCAAUUCAGACUCCGGAACCCUCCGAACCCCCUCUACUCGGGAGAAUCAUCACAAUUCAGAGACUAAACGACAAAGAAGACGACGACGACGACGACGAAAACAAUAACGAGAAGACGAAGAUGAAGAACGAGAACCGUGAGAACGAGAAGGAGAAUAACGAGAACCGUGAGAACGAGAAGGAGAACGAAAACGAAAACGACGACGUUUGCCGCACACCCACAUCGGAAGGGCACAGAAUCCCGGAGAUCGUAUCGUGCCCGCCGGCGCCGAGAAAGCCGGCCAGACGGGUCCCGUCAUGCAAGAGGAAAUUGACGGAGCUACAAUUCUUCGAUGUGAAGAAUCGUGAAGAUGUGGAUGAUUUUUUCAGAUCGAUCUCGUCGAAUAAUAACGGCUCGUCUUCUUCGGCCAAGAGGAGCUGCUGUCCAUGUAAAUGAAUUUUAAUUUAUUUUUUUUAACGCUUUCUUUCUUUCAUCUCUAUCUUAAUUAAUAUAAUUAGUAUUCACACAGGUUUUUUUUUUUGGGUUAUUCGAUAUAUAUAUAUCAUGUUUUUUUUUGGGUAUAAUUACACUGAAUUUGAUUCAUUCACCCACCACCAUCAAAAAAGUAUACAUACAUGUCUUAUGUGUGUUUUCUCUUCUCUUCUCUCCUCUCCUCAGACUCGGAAUAUGUAAAAGUGAAUGUAUAUAUAUUCUGGUCAGAAAUUAAAUAUAUUGGAGAUCGAUCUUCCCUCUU